AUGUCCCCAAGCCCGACAAGCCGAGACAGCCCUGCUUCCAGCAAUGAAGCUCUAGUGGAUCCCUCCGUCUUCGCGAAUCCUUUGCCGAUCAGUGACGCAGUUCCUGGAUCGCUGCCCUCUGGUCAGUUUGGCAAACCACUGGACCAACCAUUCAAGAUUGAGCAGCAACGCAGCCCUGCUCUUACCGGGACUCCGGGAGAUUCGCGCUUUGAUCAGGGCCAUAGCUUACAAACCCAUUUUGUAAGCCCGAUUGUCACGAUCGAGCAUUGUAGCCGAGACGAACCCUCUGGCCACGAUGAUAUGAGCCGUACUUGGAGUAGGAGAAGCAACGACAGCCGGAGGUCUGGUACACACUUGUCGCCAUUUGACCAGGAAUUUCUGUCUGAAGACGAACAUGAGCAUCAAACCCACUCGAUGUCGCUGCCCAUAAGAGGUGCCGUAGCACAGCGUGGCGAGGACGGCAAGUGGAUCUCUACAAACGUAUCUGGCCAGAGUGGAAUCAGCCCGGAUGCCAGAAGCGAUAUGAAUGCAGGAGAGAUUCCAACUCUCGACGAACUUGAACAGAGGCGCUUGGUUGACGAAAAGAAUCGCGACGUGAAGGACUGGGUCAGCCAUGUGACGAGCGACGGCGACCCUAGCAGUAUGCGUCGUAGACGGAGGUCAAAGAGCGCGAAUGCCGUUCUGGCUCGCCAAACCAACAACCUUGGUGUUCGGAUUCCCAACGAUCCUAGGAUCCCAGGGCCUGGCGCAUUCGUCCAGGUCGAGAGCGAGGAUGAAGGGUCAGAAUUCGAAGAUUUUGAGCAGUCAGAUAAUGACAGCGAUGGCUCUCGAUCACCCCCGGCUAGCCGAUCAAUCGCCCGAACCUCUGAACAGAACCCAUACUUCCCUGCUCUGUCUGAGGUUCCAGAAAGUAACCCCAUGCCGCCUCGACCAUGGAAAGACCCACAGUACUUGCCUGCACCUCCAGGGAUUUCUCAGCCUCCAACUUCAAACGCUGCGAUGAUGCGUUUCCGUCAACAGGCUAAGGAAUCUGAGACAGCCUCUAUCGCGGCCACUCUUGGCUCGCUAUCCCUUCGUCGCAAGAGCGAAUCGGAUAUGGGUAGUCUAUACCACGCAGGUGGCACCUCCAAGCCAGUUGAAGCUGAAGUCAGCGCAGCAAAGCUAAAAGGUAAAAGGGAAAGGAAGCCGAGUAUAUUGGAAAACUUCAGGAAUUUCCCAAGAAGAGCAAACAGCAGUGGUCUCAAGCGCAAAGGCAGCCAGCCGCCGCAACCACCAUCCGCCUUUGCCUCGCCUCCGACUUUGGCAACUGAAACCAACGUACCACCAAAGCGCAGUGGCAGCUGGGGCCGUUCAACGUCACCAAAGCCAGAUACUCGGGCCACCACCUUAGCGCCUUCCGGUACCACAGGACCCGCGCCAUCAUCCAGUCCCAUUCCUUAUCUCAAGAAUGUUAUCCGAAGGAGUAGGAGCCGCAGCGACAUCGGAAAGCAGUCGACCUUGGUGACACUCAUGAGGAACCACGGCGGUCCGCCUGUUCCGUCACUGACAACCCCGUCCAUGGAUAUAGGGUCUCAUGGGCCGUCUUCGACGGGUGCAGAUGCUAGCGGUGACGAAGAUGACGCUGAGUUGGAGCCAGAGUCAAUUAAAAUGGAUCUGGGAGUCCGUCCGGCUUCCAUUGACCCUACACCUGACGGCUUCCGCGCGCAUGCCAAGCAGUUAAACCCACGCCUUGAGCCGUUCAUGGUUGAGCGCAUAACGCAGGAACAAAACAGAAGAUACAAGAGGCUACUUGAGCUGAAGGUCAAGCACCUCAAAAACGUCCAAGAUAUGAACUGCCCCUCGAAGAAUUUCUGUUUAUCCCUAGGUGGCAAUUGGAGGUUCUUGCCGCCCCGAACAGGUACUAAGGAUAACGAGCAGCAAGCCGCUACUUUUUACGUCGGCAGCUUGUCUGAAGAUGGACUCGAUGCGGCUGAGAGGGAUACUUUGCAACCAGCCGUGUUCCCUCCUGAAAUCCCAUUGCCGCCUGUAAAACGCAUGCCGGCUGAGUUCGAGUGCCCACUUUGCUUCAAAGUUAAGAAGUUCCAAAAGCCCUCAGACUGGACAAAACACGUCUAUGAAGACGUACAGCCUUUUACUUGCACAUUCCCUAAUUGCACAGAACCAAAGUCGUUCAAGCGCAAGGCUGAUUGGGUCCGACAUGAGAACGAACGUCAUCGGCAGAUAGAGUUCUGGACUUGCAACCAAGAGGGUUGCCAGCACACUUGCUACCGUAAAGACAACUUCGUUCAACAUCUUGUUCGCGAGCACAAGAUGCCUGAACCAAAGGCUAGGACUGGUCGUGGUGUCAGCGCAGGGAAGAACGAACCGAUGGAUAUUGUCGACCAAUGUCGCCAUGACACCACCAAAAAACCGUCUGAAGAGGCCUGCCGGUUCUGCGGUAACUACUGCCACACUUGGAAAUAUCUGACGAUCCACCUUGCCAAGCAUAUGGAACAGAUUAGCAUGCCAAUUUUGCCUUUGGUUGAAGACAAGCAGCUAAACGCGGAUACGCUGAUUAGUCCCAUCGAGAAUCCUCAGCACCAAAGGUCCAGAACCUCGUCUUCUGCUGCUGCUCAGCCUCACAACUCAAACAACCGACCUCAGUUCAGCCAAAAUCUAACUGUAAACCCUUUCUCUGAUACGACCAGUUCUGUCUAUUCUUCCUUUUCCCAAGACACCCAGGGCUCGGCAGUGUCUUCGAACGUGAUGCACACCUAUCCACCGCCCCAGGUGCCUUACAAAGCGUCACAGCAACCUCAACAACCACAAAUGAGCCAGUACCAUGCUGUUGACAUGACGCCGAGCUUCGCGGUCCGCUCCUACCCGGGAGCAGCACCUAUUCAGCAGCCCACCGCUGGCAACAGGAUGCAAAACCAAAAUCAAUUCAUGAUGAACCAGCUUGCUCCACCUCGGAUCACGCCGAUAAUUGCACCGGUAACGGAUGAUGCCCAGGUCUUCCACUCGCCUAUCGAAGCUCCGUCGACAUAUGGCAACGAUCUGCCGAUUAGUUGGUACACUGGGAACAUUGGGAUAUCUCAGGACUUUGGUUCGGACGCGAUGAUGCCAUCUACUUCAGCUCAGUACAGUCAGAGCAAUGAUGGGCAAUACAUGAACCAGUUCCAGCAGAUGCCCUCGACGUAUGGGAGGCGGCAGCAGCAGCAGCAGCAGCAGCAGCAACAGCAACAGCAACAACAACAACAGCAGGGCUAUCACUUCUAG